GCUCAGUAGCGGUAGCAGCGGCCGUGGAGGUGGCGCUGGGGACUGUUUUCUCUCGGAGGCCGGAGAGGAGCCGCGUCUGACUGAGGCGGGCAGCGAGAGGACCCCUCGCUCCCUCCCUCCUCUGCGCCCUCCCCGCCACCACCAGCCGCCAACCGCCAACCGCCGCGCCCGGGGAGGAGCCGCGGCUUACGGGGCCGGAGCCAGGCCUGCGUCCGGACAUCAGCCGGAGCGAGAGCCGGGGCCUCGGCGUCCCCGCCCUCUCCCUUCCUUAGGGCCAGCGUCCGCCGGGCCCCUGCGCAUCGCGCCAUGGACUCGGACGAAGGCUACAACUACGAGUUCGACGAGGACGAGGAGUGCAGCGAAGAGGACAGCGGCGCCGAGGAGGAGGAGGACGACGACGAGGACGAGCCGGACGAUGAUAACCUGGAUCUGGGCGAGGUGGAGCUGGUGGAGCCCGGACUGGGCGUCGGCGGGGAGAGGGACGGACUGCUGUGCGGGGAGACGGGCGGCGGCGGCGGCAGCGCACUGGGGCCGGGCGGCGGCGGUGGCGGCGGUGGCGGCGGACCGGGGCACGAGCAGGAGGAAGAUUACCGAUACGAGGUGCUCACGGCGGAGCAGAUUCUGCAACACAUGGUGGAAUGUAUCCGGGAGGUCAACGAGGUCAUCCAGAAUCCAGCAACUAUCACAAGAAUACUCCUUAGCCACUUCAAUUGGGAUAAAGAGAAGUUGAUGGAAAGGUACUUUGAUGGAAACCUGGAGAAGCUCUUUGCUGAGUGUCAUGUAAUUAAUCCAAGUAAAAAGUCUCGAACACGCCAGAUGAAUACAAGGUCAUCAGCACAGGAUAUGCCUUGUCAGAUCUGCUACUUGAACUACCCUAACUCGUAUUUCACUGGCCUUGAGUGUGGACAUAAAUUCUGCAUGCAGUGCUGGAGUGAAUAUCUAACAACCAAAAUCAUGGAGGAGGGCAUGGGGCAGACUAUAUCAUGUCCUGCUCAUGGUUGUGAUAUCUUAGUGGAUGACAACACAGUUAUGCGCCUGAUCACAGAUUCAAAAGUUAAAUUAAAGUAUCAGCAUUUAAUAACUAAUAGCUUUGUAGAGUGCAAUCGACUGUUAAAGUGGUGUCCUGCCCCAGAUUGCCACCAUGUUGUUAAAGUCCAAUAUCCUGAUGCUAAACCUGUUCGCUGCAAAUGUGGACGCCAAUUUUGCUUUAACUGUGGAGAAAAUUGGCAUGAUCCUGUUAAAUGUAAGUGGUUAAAGAAGUGGAUUAAAAAGUGUGAUGAUGACAGUGAAACCUCCAAUUGGAUUGCAGCCAACACAAAGGAAUGUCCCAAAUGCCAUGUCACAAUUGAGAAGGAUGGCGGUUGUAAUCACAUGGUCUGUCGUAACCAGAACUGUAAAGCAGAGUUUUGCUGGGUGUGUCUUGGCCCUUGGGAACCACAUGGAUCUGCCUGGUACAAUUGUAACCGCUAUAAUGAGGAUGAUGCAAAGGCAGCAAGAGAUGCACAGGAGCGAUCUAGGGCAGCCCUGCAGAGGUACCUGUUCUACUGUAAUCGCUAUAUGAACCACAUGCAGAGCCUCCGCUUUGAGCACAAACUGUAUGCUCAGGUGAAGCAGAAAAUGGAGGAGAUGCAACAGCACAACAUGUCCUGGAUUGAGGUGCAGUUCCUGAAGAAAGCAGUGGAUGUCCUCUGCCAGUGUCGUGCCACACUCAUGUACACUUACGUCUUCGCCUUCUACCUCAAAAAGAAUAACCAGUCCAUUAUCUUUGAGAAUAACCAAGCAGAUCUAGAGAAUGCUACAGAGGUGCUUUCGGGCUACCUAGAGCGAGAUAUUUCCCAAGAUUCUCUGCAGGAUAUAAAGCAGAAAGUUCAAGAUAAGUACAGAUACUGUGAGAGUCGACGAAGGGUUUUAUUACAGCAUGUGCAUGAAGGCUAUGAGAAAGAUCUGUGGGAAUACAUUGAGGACUGAGAAUGGCCCUGCAUAAAAUGAACUCUGAAAACUUUACCAUCUAGAGUGCUCAUGCAAUUAAAACAAACAAAACAAAACAAACACAAAUAAGCAGGCACUAAGCCUCUUCUGACACCGCUGGUCUGUAGUACCGGAAUUCUGUUUUGUUAACGGAAAGUUUAAGUAAAUUAUAUUGUAAUAAAAAAGGUAGAUAAACCAUUGUACAACAGUAUUCUAGGCCGCCAACAAAAGUGUGACGGACACACUAAAAGCCCUCCAACUUUAACUUGUAACGUAGCUUCAUUCUCAAAGCUGACUCCUUUUUCUUUUUCUUUUUCCCGAGUGUAGUACAGUUAAAAUUUACAACAGCUCUUUGACACUGCUUUUCAUGUCCAAACCAGCUAUUUUGUUGUACUUUGGUAAAGGACCUCUUCUCCUUCCUCCCCUACACAUACAAAUACACCCACCCACACACAGACUGACUCUCAUACCCCAAGUUCAUAACUGUAAAGAAAGUUCUUGGGGCAGGGAAGGGUAGGCAGCGAGAGGAUUAAACAAAAACAGAAAACUUUGUAUAUGACUUUUAAAACAAAAGGACAACGCAGUAUUUUUCAAAAUUGUAUAUAGCGCACAUGCAUGGACAAAGCAAGCGUGGCACGUGUUUGCAUAAUGUGUAAUCACAGAAAAUAUUUAUUCUUUACGAUCUUGAAGAUCCUGUCUAUUUGCUGUGCAUUUUCUUUCCGUUUGCUUUCUGUUUCCAGGGUUGGGAUUUACAAGUGUGUUGGUUUAGCACCUCUGGCAAAUCUAGUGAGAGCUCGUGGGUUCCCUUUCCUGCCCCCAAGGUUACCGUGCCUUUUGGGGGUGGAUAUGUCUGUUGCUGGUCACAGGCCUCAUGCCUUGAAUUCCCAGCUCUUGAUCAAGGGACAGGGAGGCUGCACUCUGAUGAGAUGCCAUGGCCUGAUGAUGGCUGCAGUGGGGAGCUUGGUUGCUGCCAUUCAAGAUGACCCCAUCCCCAUCCUCAUCCUCCUCCCCCUUCAUGGCCUCAGUGGUCUCCCAAGACUUUGUGUGCCCAUGUCAUAUAACACAGCUACAUGCUUCCUGACCUACCUGUCGUGUCCAGAGGGAGCAUUUGAAAUUUUCUUUCCUUUUGGGUUUUCACUUUUAUUUUUUUUAAUUGCUGCUUUGAGCCUUUUAAGAUUUUAGUUAUGGCUCUUCUUUUACCCCUUCUCCACAUUAGGGUGUCAAAUAGAUGAUUUUUGCUUUAAAUAUAAACACAUAGCCAUUCACUUAGUCUCAGAUUGUGGAUUUUAAAUGGCAGAUACUGAAAUUGCCGUGUGUGUUGCUGUGGGUUCAGUGUGAAGGUAAGCACCCCUAGAACAUGAUCUCCCACCUAGCACACCUGAAUAGGAAUCACUGAGUUUACUUCUUUUCCAUUGUCAGCAGGUAGGAGAAUUAAUAAUGCAUUUUAGCUGUGAUGUCCAUUUUUAUGAAAUUUCUACUAAGCUAUGUUAAAAGUAAAGGAUGGUGGUGGUUUUAUUAACUAUAUAUCUGUUUAGGCUAUUCUGGCUAUGGUAUUUUUUCAACAGGUCAGCAUCCCUAAAUCUGUCAGUUUUAUACGGGAGUGCAGAGUGAACUAGGCAACUAGAUUAAGAGGUUUUAAUAUUAAAUACCAAUUUUAGAUGAGGACCUCUUUGUCUUCCUUUAACUGUCUUGCGCCUAGAGGAGUGUUUACCAUUUGUGAGGCAGCUUUGUCUGCUCUUGCAUUGUACAUCUUAUUACUCCAUUGGGAAGUAGGUUCACUUUCCUCUGGCCUUUUGCCUAAGUUAGGCUUUGCUGAAUCAACCCUACUUUUCCUUUUAGAAAAGGUUGUUACAUGAGAUGUACUUGCAACUGUUGUUUUCCCAUCAAAAAUCAGUGAAUGUUUGCUGAAUAUAUUAUGCUGCUUCCUUAAACCACUUGUCGCUUUAGGAUCAACUUUACCUGUACCUUUUUCUUCCCCUCCCUUACCCACCUCAGGUGCAAAUCUGAACUCAGUGUCCGCUUCUUCCAUAUUCUCUUCUCCUCUUUCCAUCUUUCAUUUGACUUUAUUGUACUUUAAAUAAUUGCAUCACUCUUAAAUACAUUUAUCAAAAGUUUUUUUGUUUUUUUUUUUUUUGGUGUUUUUUUAGAAAGCUUGAAUAAGUUUCUUUCCCUGGUAACUCUGAAAAGCAGCCAGAGUUGCUAUGUAGAUUUCUGCGACUCCCUUACAAUGCUUUGUGUAUGUGUUGUGUUUUUUACAGUCUUACCCAGUUAACUCUUCAGUCUCUAGGUUUGAGUGUCCUAAAUCCUCCUUACAUGCUCCCCUUGCACCAGGUAUCCAAAACCCGUGUGUGCACUUCGUUAUAUUGGCCCCCUUGGAGGAACAGUACAUUUUAGAGAUGCUUUUCAGUUUCAAUGUUGGCACACUACCUGAGGAUAUUGCAAUUGUGGGUGCAUUCUCUAAUUUGUAUGGAUCAAGGUGAAGUGGCCUUUUCUACUCCCAGGCUUUUAAUCGCUAUCUUCAUACUUGACAGAAUUCCCUGAGUUAACUGCUUUCAUUGUUAACAGCUAUGAUGCCCCAAACUGGGAUAGGCAAGCCAUAUUGUAUGACAGCUUCCUUAUUUCACCACCUACGUCUUGCUAGCAGAGGGCUCUAUUCACAAUAAGCAUCAGGGUCUCCCUGUUUUCUUGAGGGCAGUUACAUUGUCUUUUGAAAAGUGCAUGCUUUAUUUGAACGAUUCAGUAAGCAGUAGAUGAACUUCAAUGAUCUACAAUAAAAUUUGAUCCGAAGCUCAGGACACAAAUCAGUGGUAAAACUGAAUAGCAUAUAAUAUCAGACUCUAAAUUCUGUGUCAUUUUCUGCGACCCAGAUUGUAUGUGUUUUAUGUGUGUUUAAAUAAAAAUAUUAAAUGCACAUGUGUAUACAUACACACAUAUACAGUGGAUCCAAGACUGACUGACUUGAUUUGAAAUGGUUGAAUGGAGUGUAAAAUGUGGUUCAGCCAUGGUUAGGAACUGAAAUUUAGUACAAGAGAGUAAAGUACUCGAUGUAACAGAUUUCUUUUAGCUGCAAAUCCCGGUAUAGAGCACUUGGGGAUGGGAGGGGGCGGGUUGGUGCGACAAUCAGAUUGGUAAAUUGAUUAUAUGCUCCUAACCCUGUCAUGUUGUGCAUAGAGCACCCUGUGCUGUGGGAAUAACUGUUCUUAGAUUUUCAUUGUAACUGGACUGUUCAGGUUGCCCAGAGGGAAAGAACAUUCCUAAUUCUAAUAAAAUAAACUUUUAUUUUGUUA